AGGUUCUUUGAUUUUGUGACCGACCUGUGAGCAGCCCCUGAUUGGUUGCUGGAGUUUGACGCAAACGUGGGCGUGUUCAUCAGACUCGGCCCCACUCACAGGUGUUGGUCAUUAUUUUUAUAUCACAGAAGAAGCAGACGGAGGUAAAGAGCCAUGACCUCUCCCGAGAUCGCCUCGCUGUCCUGGGGCCACAUGAAGGUGAAAGGAUGCUCCUCCGCAUAUAAAGACUGUAAGGUGUGGCCUGGUGGGAGCCGGGAAUGGAACUGGAGAGAGACUGGUACUGAUCAUCACCCAGGUGUGCAGCCAGCUGACCUGGAGGAGAUCCUAAAGAAAGGUGUGGAGCUGCUGGUCAUAGGGAGGGGAAUGAGUGAAGCGCUGCAGGUUCCUCCCUCCACUGUGGAUUAUGUGAAGAAGCAGGGUGUGGAUGUAAAAGUGCUGCAGACUGAAAAGGCUGUAAAGGAAUACAACAUCCUGGCUGGACAGGGGGCUAAAGUAGGAGGAGUCUUCCACUCUACCUGCUGAACACAACCUGCCUGAACACCCAUAAGUAUCAAGCCUUAAAUCAGAAACAGAACACUUUAGGAACGAGAGGGUGCUUUAAAGAAAGAGUUUAUUUGUUAAACACUGUUUAGAUAUUUACACAUACAUGAAUUUACUAAAGAUGCAGAAAAAAUAAGUUUAUUUAAAUUAAAACAUUUAAGCAAAGUCCUAUUAGCAAAAGAAAAGCUGUUGAUUUAUUUAUUAGUUAAUUAUUUACAGUCUUAGCCUCAAGCUCAUUUGCUCAGUGCAUAAUCACUUAAAGGAGAAAUCCGGUGUGAAAUGGACUUAGGCUAUAGUGAAACAUAACGAGUAUGAACUUUUUUUGAAUACCAAAUUUUCUGUCCUUCCCACAGCAUUCCCAAAUACAGCACUUUAAGUCGAUGCUCCCAAAAAGCUUAUAAUCCUAGUGAUUGGGGAAUAGAUUACCCAUGCAAAGAAUGGCUAUUUUUACACCAUUAAUAAGCUCAAAGUAGCUCCACACUUCAUUGGUAGAAAUCUGAGGGUCCUGACACUUAAAACAAGGCGCUGAGAGCUUUAAAAGUGCACAGAUGGUUUAUUUAAUACACUGUUUAUUAUACACACAGUACCUUUAGGUAGUUCUUCAUUGAAAUGCAUUAAAUGGUAUAGAUAUAUAUUUACAGCAACAACUGGAAUUCACACAUUCAUUCUUGCUAGUCAGCUGACUUACUAACUAACUGAAGAUACUGUGUGUAUAAACAGUGAUUUUAUUAAACUAUCUGUCCACUUACAUAGUUCUCAGAGCCUCAUUUUAAAUGUCAGGGCCUUCACAGAAUUAGCAAUAAAGUGUGGAGCUACUUUGAGUUUGUUAAUAAUGUAAAAAUAGUGAUUUCUUUGCAUGGGUUACUCUAUGCCCCCAUCACUAGCAUUGUAAGCCUGUUGGGAGCAUCAGCUAAAAGCUCUGUAUUUAGGAAUGCUGGAGGAGAAUGGAGGUGGGCUAUUCGAGCUAAGUUUGUACUUGUUACCAUGUCUCACUACAACCCAAGUCCAUUUCACGUUGGAUUUCUCCUUUAAAGGCCAAUUUAUACUUCCUUGUCAAAGCCUACAUUGUAGACCACACCUUCUCACCUUUACAGUUUAACUAAAGAGAGCAUAGGGAGCUCGCACAGACUACGGUGUAGGCAACGUGUUAACUCGACACAGAUAACAGAUGUUUAAGCCAGCCUUUAAAGGAGAACUCCUUUUAAUGGUGUGAAAUGAACUUUAGUUGUAUUAAAACCUGAUUAAAAAAAAAUUACUUUCCUUUGUUGAAUAGCCCUCCUCUUCUAAGAUCCAUUUUUUUGUGCACUUUGCCCAAACAGGCUUUGGCAUGUCUUAUCUCUGCAGAUACAUCUCUUUUUACACCGUUAUUCAGGCUCAAAGUAGCUCCACACAUCGUUGGUAGAAUCCGGUAAGCCCUGACAGUUACAAUGAGGCUUUUAACAUUUUAAAACUGCACAAGAAGUUUAUUAAAAGCCACUGUUUACAUCGCAUAGUGUAGAUAAAUCUCUGGGCAUGGCCAUCUUAAAUUUAAGUCAGCCGUCGAGCAUGAAUAGUAAAACAUUUUGGGCAACAUUUAUGUAAUUUGUUGUUGGUUCUUUGAAUUCUAAUAUCGACAGUAACCAGAUAUUUUCAGCAACAGCUGGAAUAUAUGCAUUAACAAAAAUAUUUAAUUUUGCAAUCUGCUCAACUAUUCCACCCAUUCUUUCAUGCUUGACGGUUGACUUAUUGUGGCAGCGCACAGAGAUUUAUCUACACUAUGGGAUGUAAACGAUGUUUUUUAAUCAACUUCUUGUGCAGUUUUAAAGUACUAAAGUACCUCAUUUUAAAUAUCAGGGCUCUCCGGAUUAUACCAAUGAGGUGUGGAGCUACUUGGAGCCUGAAUAACAGUGGAAAAAGAGAUUUAUCUGCAGGUGCAAGGCAUGCUCCAUAUCAUCCAUUCUGAAGCCUGUUUGGGCAGAGUGCACAAAAUGAAAAUGGAAAUGGUACUUACCUUUUAUCACGUUGCAAUACACCCAAAGUCCAUUUCACACCAGUCGAGUUCUCCUUUAAAGGCUAAGUUAACGCGGUGCCUACAUUAUAGCCUGUGCGAGCGCCCUAUGCAGCAGCUGUGGGUUCCUUCUUCAGUUUAAACUGCAAAGAUGAGAAGGCAGGGGCGUUUUAAUACACACAAAGUCCAUUUCACACCGGAAUUCUCCUUUAAGUUGCAUGUCUGCGUCUCAGGUUAUCGUCGGGCUGGUUUGGGCAUGAUGAAGACUUUGACAGGCUUGCUGAGGUUGAUGGUGCCCUCGAUGCAGCUCUCGCUCGUGGGCAGACCCUCUGUGCUCUCGUUCCAGGCUGGUUUGGGCGUGGCGAGUUUGCUGCUGCUGGAGCUGUAGGCCAGGAGCAACCUCACCUCUAUCUGACACGGCUCUGAAACAGAAAUACUGUACUGAGCAAGCAGAACUGUAAAUUAACCUCUUAAAUUAUACGGUUCUUUAAUACGUAGUUUUAUACAUAACCAUAAUGUAAAAAUCCAUGAAAAUGAUUUAACUUAAAUAUUUUACUGGUACUCCCAAAUGUCAAAAACUCCCUAAUAAAAGUGAACCAAAGGAGGUUGCAAUAUUGGCACUCCUCAAUAGCUUAUACUAUAAUAGAUAUGACAUAACAUUAUAUAAUUAUAAGCCAUCAUAACCUUCUGAUAAGAGUUACUUCUCAGUGUUUUUGUGAACAAUGUGAAACUAAUGUUUAAUAACAGAAUAUUAAGGGUUAUACACAUGACAUUGCGCAUAUACAUACAAUAAAAAUGUAUAUGCAAUGUUGUGUAUAUAGCAAAUUACUAUAGAUUUUCCCCACCAAUCUUGGAUACACAUACAUUAUAGUCAUUAUUAUUAUUAAUAUUGUGACAUUGGCAUAUAAUUAUUGUAUUUUUUUUAUACAGCAAGAUGUAUAGUGCAAAAAUAUAUUGCAAAGUCCGUUUUUCUUUUCACCAUAAUAUGAUGCAGCCCUAACUAAUGUUUAAAAUAAAAUGUACAUUUGUGCACCGUAUGUAAAUAAUAAACGUUUAAUUAAAGCAGAUGCUGUUUAUAGUUAUGCAUUAUAAUCUAUUCUAUAUUUGUUUAAUACUUUUUUUGCACUAAUUUGACAAUAUCUGAAAUAUACAUGAUUUGCUGUUUACAGACUAUUAUUGGUCUCUUUAUCUCUAUUUUUUUUUUUUUUACACAUGCAGGUAAGCAGUGUUUAAUUUUACAGGUCACCCAUGCUAUAUCGGUAAACUAUUAGUAAUCUCAACAAGUUACAAACAUCUAAGUGCACUGUUUAAGAGAGAGAGAGGAACAGCAGAGAACUAGUUCCUCAGAUCAUCACAGACACAUUAAACUUCUGGCAAGAAGCAGGCAGUUCAGCCUGGAUGCAAGUCUAUUUAUAUCUGCGAUAUUAUAUCUAGAAUUUCAUUCUGUACACCCUAAUAAACUCCCACAAGAAACUAA